AAAAAAUGUCUGUUCGAUCAACUGGAUACACGGUUACUGAAGAUGUGCUCCUUUGUCAAGUAUUCUUGGAUAUUUCUCAAGACCCUAUUAUCGGUAGAAACCAGUCUCGAGAUGCAUUUUGGUCUCGUGUGGAGGACAGAUACAAUGAACUUCGAGACCAAAAUUCUGAUGUGCGUACGAGCCGAUCAAUUCGUUCUCGAAUGGAAAUUAUAAGUAAUGAAGUAAGGAAAUUGAAUGCGUGCUUGAGACAAGUAGAGAAUCUGAAUCCAAGUGGUGCUUCAGAUGAAGAUAUUUUAGUUCGAGCAAAGAUGUUUUAUGCAAGAACCGAAGUACAAAAAAGGUUUCAAAUUUGA